AUGGACAGAAGCGAUAACAGAUUAAGCUGGGCGGCUGGCAAGAAGAAAGUGUUGUGUGUUGGAGGUGCUGUCAUCGAUUGUAUAUCGAUUGUGAGAAAGUUUCCCAAGGUUAUGAUGCCCGAGCGCUCUAUUAAAGGAUUCUGGCAGAAGGGAGGACAUGCGGUGAAUACAGCCACCGUAUUAAAGAAUCUUGGAAUAAAUGUGGAACUAUUUGUUCUGCUGAGCAACAAUCCGAUGUUUAGGUUACUUUUGGAUGACAUGCGAUUCCGGGGAAUUGAGAUUGACAACUGUCCUCGCUGUGAAGAUACUCCGCCCUUCUCCUCGGUCAUUUUAUCCAAGUUAUCGAAGACUUGCACCAUUACAAACUGCACAUCCUCGUUUCCCUACGUAACUCUGGAGGAUUUUCAAAAACUGGAUCUAAGCAAAUACGGUUGGAUUCAUUUUCGUGGAAGCAAACCGGAAGUGACUGUGGAAAUGAUGAAGCUUGUGGUAGCCUACAAUGAGAAUCAUGAGGAAAAGAUACUCAUAUCUAUGGAUGUGAAUACAGAAUUGAAUUCCAUCUGGCCUCUGACCAACUACUGCGACUAUGUCUUCUUCUCUAAGCAGCUGGGAUUCGAACACGGCUGGCAAACACCAAGGGAAGCCUGCCGAAGCAUCGACGAAAAGCUCCGACUGCGAUUCGGCAUCAAUCUCAAGCGUCCUUUUGUUGUAUUUUUGUGGGGCAAACGUGGAGCCGGUCUCUUAGAUUAUAAUAGCAAUUACUCGCGAUCCCAUGCGGUCAAAAACAGACGAGUUGUAGAAUCCCUCGGUGCCGGAGAAGCCUUUGUGGGUGCCUUCAUCUAUGCCGUCUACGUGAGAGAUAGAACCAAUUCCGCUGCUGCCGACUUUGCCAAUCGCAUGGCCAGCCACAAGUGCACAAAGUACGGCUAUGAUCACAUGUCCGACAUUCUAGUUGCACCUGUUCUAUAA